GCAAGAAAAGUAUGAUUGUGACUAUGAGAGCCUCACCACUCUUCAUUCCCCUCUUUAAUCUCACAAUACUUGUCUUUAAAUGAACAAACACAACCCCCCCACCCACUAGAAAAGAAGUGAAAAAUGGCCAAAAGGGCAGAAGAAAAUGCAGUUUCAGAGCUGAAAAAAGAGCUGCAAAGAGUGGUGGAGGCCCUUGUGGAAGAGGAUGAUGACUGUGAUUUGACAGCUGCUGCUGAUAAUGCCAUUCAAACGUUGGGUGCCCUUAAAGAAUUGAAGCUGAAGCAGAGUACUGAUCAAGAGUUUGUGGAAAUCAAGAAUCUUGUCGGUUUUCAAGAGCCACCUCCGGAGUUCAGGUGCCCCAUUUCUGGGCUUCUCAUGAAAGACCCUGUUGUCCUAGCCUCUGGUCAGACAUACGAGGAACAAUAUAUUACAGAAUGGCUGAAAGAUGGGCAUCAGAAAUGUCCAAAGACGGAUCAACCACUGCCUCAUACUCUCCUCAUCCCAAAUCAUUCAAUCAAGAAAAUGGUCAUGAAUUGGUGCAAGUUGCACAACUUUGACAUGCCAAGAACCAGUCAUCCUCCUGCUGAUGAAGAAUACGCUGCAACAGCAAACAGCAAACAUCUGGUCCAACUGCUCAACCGCCUUUCCUCCUCAUCUGCUUCCGAUGCUGCAAAAGAGCUCCGGUUGCUCACCAGCAGAUCGCCCUCGUUCCGAGCUCUCUUUGGAGAAAUUACGGGUGCCGUUCCUAAACUCUUUAGCCCACUCCUGCUCGAAAAGGCCUAUUCUGAUGCUCGUCUUCACGAUGAUUUGGUCGCAACGGUUUUGAAUGUCUCGGCCCAUGAGAGCAACAAGGCGAAGAUUUUAGCAUCCAGGAACCCAUUAGUUGUGUCUUUUCUGAUUGACUCGUUGAGGAGCAAAAACAUCGAGACGAGAAGCCAUGCUGCUGCUGUCAUUUCUGCACUAUCAGCUUUUGACACGAACAAAUAUUUAAUAGGAGAAUCCGGUGCUAUUAAGCCUCUGGUUGAUCUUAUCACAGAAGGGCAACCAUUGGCCUUAAACGAGGCUACCUGCGCAAUUCUCAACUUAUGCACUGUGACCGAAAACCGGGAACGAGCCAUCUCUGAGGGGGCGGUCAUUGCAGUCAUGGACAAGAUUGUAGGUCGUGUACUCAUCGACGAAAUGCUCGCGAUCCUUGCAACUCUGUCAAGCCAUCAUCGGGCCAUCGAGGAAAUGGACGAGCAUGGGAUGAUCUUCUGCCUGUUUGAGAUGUUAAGAGAGAACAACAUUAGUGAACAGAGCGAGGAACACUGUGUUGCUAUUAUUUACGUUAUGUGUUUCAGUGAUCGAACGAAGCUGAGAAAGAUCCAUGAAGUCGAGGAUGCAUGUGAAACGCUGCAUCGUGUGGCGAGAACCGGAACGUCGAGGGCUAAGAGGAAAGCAAGUAGCAUUCUUGAAAGGCUUAAUAGUUACCAGAUUUUCAAACUGGACUCAGUAGUAGCUGUAAUGGCGUAUGUACCCCCGCAUAAGAGGCACCUGAAGGGCGGCGAAGCCUCAUCUCUGCCGUCCCCGGCUCCGCCGCCGGAGUCGGUGAUACCCCGCUUCCAGAGGAGACUGAACUUCAAGUCAAAAGACUAUCCUAAGAAAUUCGUGUAUGCAGAAAAUGCUAUAUCUAGAUGGUUCGUAGUUGGCUUGGCCGACGAGUCUAGGGUUUCCGAUUUGACACGCCUUGAGCCGGUGGCGGUGGAGUCUUUUGAGCGGAAAUCCGGUGAAAAGCCUCUUGCUCUGGUGCUCAAAGAAAACGAUGAGGAGGCUGCUGAGUUUUCAGCAAAUCCAUGGAUUUUCGUGACCGAAAUAGUGCAGCAGGAUCUGAUUUCAUCUUUCCAACAAGUGAAAGAUGAAAUGAGGGGCUAUGAAUUUGGAGAAGUAAAACCAACUCUGGUUAUCCGCUUUGGACGAAUUCUCUUUCAUGGGAACCGUUCAUUUACAGUAGAAUCCAUCGAAGGAAACUCUCUUCCAGUAGGCACUUUGAGACAAUUAUAUAAAUCCUUUUACACUAAUAUUCCACCUUCAUAUAUGGAAUACGUUACAACCAAUGUAGUCCCAGAAACUGAUUUCGAGUUUGAGGAGGAAAAGGAGUUGUAUCAUGUAAAGUUGUCUGACAAAAUGCAACCUGAUUCAACCAUCUCAUGCAAGUGUACUGUAGCAAGAGACACAAACCAGCUUGAAUUCUCCAAGAUCGAGUUGAACCAAGUGCGCCACCUGGUUGCAGAUAUGUCCUGUCUUGAUAAGAACCUAGAUCUAAGGCUGAUGCUUUGCACAAAAAGAAUUUUGGCAGCUGUAAUGGAUGACGAGCUCGAGAACAUGAAAAUCCUGAUUAGCUCCGCCAGGUUAGAUUCAGAUGUUAAGGGUGGACUGAGAUGGUCCUUGGGGAAGCAGUCUUUAGGGGAUCGAUACACUGUUCUUGGAGUUUGGCAUACAAAUGCUAAAACAUUUGGAAAUUCAUCAAUGAGGCUUAAAGUUCGACAUGCUGAUAGAUUUGAUUUCAGAUCAAGCAACGGUGAGGUUGCAAACGAGGUCAGUCUGAAAAUGCCUGGAGUUGUAUCACUACUGCGGGUAAGUGUCUUUAUGCUAUGGACGGCAUUUGACAUGCUAAUAUUUGUCUGUCUAUCCACCCUCCCCCACCCUGCCGCCCAGGGGAAAAAAAAGGUAAAAAGGAAAGCAUUCUUGUUAAUCAACUCUUGAUGAUGGCUGCUUUUUUCACUUUGUCUCGACAUUUUGGCAUGUUAAAUCAAGGUGACUUAGAUACUCUAAUAACACGUGAAGAGUUCUGAAGUCUAGCAUUACAUCUUGCAGUAAUAGGCUAAUAGCCAGACAAAAGUAACCCGUGCAGUGACAUCCAGUAAUUGUAAAUAGGCCUGGUAUAAUAAUUCUUUGCAUUUGACCCUGAGAUUUUCUGUCAUUACUGCUUUGCAUGAACUAUGAUAAUUUUUUUGGCGAGAAACUUAUAACUCAAGGCAAUUGCUUAAUAAUUGAUAUUGUAUUGGUCAAAUUUCUGAAAUUUAUCUCUUAUAUUGGUUUUAUGGUUGCUUCUCUACUGAAGUUACUAAUAUCACUCCCAAUUCCAUAUCUAUCA